GUUGAACUGAUCCGAAUAUAUCUACCAAAGGACGGUCUUGAUCAGGCCCACCGACCCAUCAAACUGGCUGAUUUACUCCUGAAUGUGCCUCGACCCGAGACAUAAACAUACGGAGCCCCCCGGCUGUUACCAUCAACCCAGAUGAUCUACGCUUCCUCAUGUCCUCAUCAAGAUGACGACCGCGACCCGAUGGUUGCCGCAGUUGCGAGCGAGACUUGCAACCGCCUCAACGUCCGCAGUAGAAAUAUCCUCUCACUUCGCCCGGCCGCCCAUUUCCCCUUCGCCGGCAGAGCCUCCUUCCUAUUUUUCCUUCCGUUUCAAAGUACUAUAUUACUUCACAGGCGGCGAUUGCACUGCUCGUCGUUCUGAUUAUACUUUCCUCACAGACUCCCUGGCUGAGUUGCUGGUAACAGCCAUCGUCCUCACUUUCCGGCUUAUAUGGUCUCCCUCUCUCGAUAUCAUGUCCACGCCCAGUUACCGCGCACCUCCACAGAUCGCAGCCUCGGUCAAGCACCGACGGCUCAGGGCGUUCACUUGGAGGCGGUGCGCGCCAUUUCGGUCGUCUCUACGACAGCGGAUCCAUCGACAAGUGCAACGCCCGUAAUAAGGAUAGCACCCCAAGUCAUGGCGGAGGAAACGAGCGGGCCGACUCAAACUAUCUCCAUCGCAUCAGUUUCAACUCUCUCCAGUUCAUCCACAACGUCGUCCGCACCCAGCGCCUCCCCCAGUUCCUCCGCGCCCGUAUUCUCCAUGCCCAUUAUUAUAGGAAUUGCCAUCGCCGGUGGGAUCGUCGUUCUCGGCCUUCUAUUCACCGUGAUCUACUGCUGCAUAUCGCGUCGCCGCGCCCGACGCCGCAAACAGGAGUUGAUCGCCUUCCCCGCCGGCGCCGACGGGGCGAUUGCGCCGUUCGGUCAUGGUCUACCGACCGCGCAAAUACCAGUCGACGCUUUGCGGCCGUCGUCCCUCAGCUCAAGGGCACAAAGCGACAAAUCGUACCUCAAAUACUCGCCGCCUUCUACCGGUCGCUCGGCGGAUAAAUCGUACCUCAAGUACUCGCCGCCUUCCACGGGUCGCUCGGCAGACCAGGUCAAGGUCCCUCCGCUGCGUCCGCCUCGUCCGGAGGAGCAGGCGUCUCCGGAGGCGGGCUUCAAGCAGAUGUGGACCGUACAACAGGUACCUGUCGCCUGGAACACCAAGCUCGCUCCCUACGGAUCGCCUACCCGCGAACCGCAAGCCGUGCCUCCUUACGGCGCGCCUAAUCGCGAACCUCAAGUUGUGUUCUACAACCAAUUCCACCCAGAACCCGAACGCAAGGGCACAGCGAGCACGCUGAAGCGCCAUUCCGUCGAAACCGCCUCCAUCUACUCACAUGGCUCUGCUCCGCACGAUAUGCAUGAGAAAUUGGCCCGUUCGCGCCGUUCAUCGGCGGAUUCAGUUUUAUCCGGUCCGACCGCAGCAUUCAUCGCGCGCAAUGCCAUACCGUCCAUGGCUUCCGCAGACCUUCUUGCGUCGGGAUCCCGGGAAUCAAGUCCGACCAGGGUACGACAGCAGCCGACGUUCACGCGCACUCCUUUGCCUCCGAUACCGCCCACCCCGCCUGUAGACGCGCCACCGAUGGUUUAUCAGGCCUCGCAUCCCGCGCGUCAGCCUUCAUUUGGUUUAGCAGCCGAGAAGAUCUACGAGACGCCGAAACCAGCUACCGCUCCUGCGGCUUCUCCCAGAAGGGAACCCUUGAUCUCCCGCAAGGUGCGGCCUGUGGGGCUGAACACCGAGAUUGCCAAGGCCAUGCCCAUGGGCCCGUCGGCCAGGGGCCCGACGACGCCACAGCCCGACUCGCGGCUCGAUCCGCAUUUCAGUCGUGUAGCUCCAUCUUCCGCUCCCCCGACACGUACCACCAUGGAAGAGGCGCAGAGCCGGCCCCCGCUCACUCCGCCUCCGGCCAAAGCGCUUGCCUCCAUCUCGGUCCCGCCGUCACCUCUACCCUCACCAGGUGGCCCGCCGCCGCCGCGACCCAAGCGCUCAUCGCGGCGCAUGGUAGGCGCAUCGGUGAAGCGGAGCGGCUCGCUCAACAGCGUCAAAGCGAGCUCGGUGCCGCAACCGCCAUCGCUGAAGGUGCGGUCGGGUUCGCCGACGAAGCAGACCGUGUUGGGCCGACCGUCUACGGCUCCGACUGCCAGGAGAUCACGAAUGCGAGACGGCACGCGGAGAGGUGCGAGGGGUCUACUUGAUCUCUGAGCGCUGCUUGGUACAUGGCUGGGACGAGACGUACGAGCCGCUGGCUAGUGAGGGUCAAUGACUGCUUUAUUUCUGUAUUAUCUCCCUAAUUUGCGAACUUUUUUCAUUUUAUCGUAGUUAGUUGUACACUCAUGUCCAUCCUUUCGUUUAGUACACGUAAUGUACCACAGUGUAGCAUAGAUGGCGAUCUUAUACGCAUACUGUGCAAUGUCACCCGUUCAC